AUGGCGACUCUUUCCAUCAGCGGUCUUCAAUCUUCCCUCGAGAAGCUCAGCCUCGACACUCCCCUUCCUUCUUUCCCGGUUGCCGAGGUGCUGGUACGCCCGCUUGACAUCUUUCGAUCGUACAUAGCGCAGAUUGUGGCUGAGGUGGUGGGAUGCGACCCGGCAGUUGCAUAUGAGGCUAUUCAGUCGACGGCUGCCAUCUCCAUGGGCGACCUUGCUAUUAUCCUCCCCCGUCUCAAGAUUAAAGCAAAUGGAGAUGCUGCAGCCGCGCUGCUUGACAAGCAUCCAACGCAGUUCCCCAAGUCACCCCUCUAUACUUUCCCGUUCGUCGACGGCGUCCACAUUCGCAUCUUUUCUCAUCCCUUCUUCCUCCCCAGGCUCUUACUACCUUUUAUCGCCGAUCGCAAAGAGCUCUAUGGUGGAGAUGACUCGUGUGGCCUGCGAGACCAUUCCUCUGCAGACUCGGGGCGCAAAAAGGUCAUUGUCGAGUUCUCGUCACCCAACAUUGCGCAAGAGUUUGAAGGCAGACACCUUCGCAGCACAAUCAAUGGUGCUUCCAUCGCCAACUUGCACGAACGAAUGGGGUGGGAGGUUGGCCGACUGAAUUUCUUGGGUGACUGGGGCAAGAAUAUUGCCCUUCUUGCUGUCGGCUGGAACAAGUUUGGCUCAGAAGAGGCCUUCGCCAAGGAUCCCAUCCGUCACCUCCUCGACGUACACAAUCAAAUCAACGAGUUGUUCAAGCCCGAGCAAGAGGCAAGCACAAAGGCAAAAGACGAAGGGAAGAACACAGCCGAGAUUGAAUCACAGGGCAUCUACGCCGAACGCGAUGCCUUUUCUAAGAAAUGGGAAGAAGGCGAUGCCGAAGCCGUAGCCUUGACCACCAGGUUCCGCAAUGUCUACGUCGAGGACUACACCAAAGCCUAUGCCCGUCUCGGUAUCAAGUUUGACGAGUAUGCCGGCGAGUCUCAGGUCACCUCGGAGUCCAUCGCCGAAGUGGAGACAGUCCUGAAAGAGAAGGGAAUAUCGGAAGAGAGUGAUGGGUCCUGGCUCAUCGACUUCAAGAAGCAUGGCGCAAAAGGUCUCGGCACCGGCAUGAUCCGGAACCGCACCGGCACGACCAUGUACUUCUCCCGUGACCUAGCGGCAGUCCUCGAUCGCGAGAAGAAGUUUGCAUUUGACAAGAUGAUCUAUGUCGUCGCGUCUGAGCAGGACUCUCACUUCCGCGGCGUGAUUAAAGCACUCGAGCUGAUGGGAAGGGAUGAUCUCGCCAAGAAGAUUCAGCACGUCAACUUUGGCAAGGUCCAGGGCCUGUCAUCACAGCUCGGUAACGCGCACCUGUUGGGGGACAUGCUGAACCAAUGCGCCAACGCAGUCAAAGACGCCAUGGCAACGGAGCAGAACGCCGGGGCUCCUCUUGCCGCCGCGGAACCGUUCGGUAUUACAUCGCUUCUGGCCCAAGACAUGCACACAAAGCGCAGCAAUGGCUACUCGUUUGAUAGCAAGAAGAUGACCGAAUUUGAGAGCGAGACCGGCGCUGCUCUCCAACUUCAUUACACCCGACUUUGUUUAAACAUUAAACAGCUUGAUGCUGACCCGGCUGCUCUGGGCGAGGUCGACUAUACCCAUCUCGAGGAGGAAGAGUACACGAAUCUCCUGCGGCUCAUGGCACAAUACCCCGAUGUUGUGAAUGCCGCAUACAAGACGCUUGAGCCGUCGGCCGUCUUGACGUUCCUGUAUCGGCUGGCCGAGCAGCUUGUGAUAUGUCUUGACGACGAUGAGGGUGAGGACGAAGAGGAGGAGGAAGAGACUGCCGACGACCCGGCUGUUGAUCUUGCGCGAGCGGUGCUUUAUGAGAAUGCAAGACAAGUAUUCGAGAAUGGGAUGAAGGUCCUCGGUAUCAACCCAUUGGCAGCAUGA